AUGAUGUCCGAUGAUGAUAUUUCUCUUGAGUGGAUUGGUUACUACACGAGCAUCUUCAAAGUGAUCCAUCCGACAUCACUUGCCACCGUUCCAGAAAAUAAUGUUGAUAGAUACCUGGAGUGGUAUAAUCGUGUGUCAAAUCCUAGGUUGGUGCCACCCCCACGUGAUUCCAUUAGAGUGGUUCUAAUUUCUGCUUAUGAAGUAGAACCAUCUGAUCCUGCAUUGGCUCGUGUCUCCACUUUGAUUCAUUGUUAUCUCCGACAAAAUGAAGAUGACUCACAUGAUCUGCAGUUUGCUGAUUUAUUUAAGGCUUUACGCAUUUCUCGUUAUGGUUGA